GUAAGCUAGUCCAAGCGGACCAACGAGGAAUCAUGGACGUGGUUCUCCUAGUGCUAUUGUGUGUCGCUUUGACUAAUGGCGCUACGGAGCUGUUGAAAAAUCCAGAUUUUGAGAGUACAUCGUUUACAGGGAACUGGGUUUGUCAAGGGUGUACUUUGUCAAGUAGCUCUGAUAGUUACCAUGGGCAUCACAGUGCUAAGAUUACACACAGACAACAAAAGUGGGCAGGUUUAGCCCAAACCAUCAAUGUGUCACCUGGAAAUAGGUAUGUCUUCAGUGCGCAUGUCAAACUGCUUAACAUGGCAAGAGGUCAUAUGUUCCAUAAGCUCGAGGUCAUGGUGAAGGAAACGAUACAUGGACACGACGAGUAUCACGAUGCUGGUGACAGCCCUAAGAUGCGGACAGACAGUGGCUGGACAGAGAUUGGAUUCGACUUCAAAGUACCACAAAACGUUCAUCAACUUUAUGUAUAUCUACAAAUCGCUGAACCUGAAGUGAACUACCUGGUCGAUGCGGCGAGCGUCAAAGUACUUCCAUAUGAUGCGAACUGGAAGUCUGAGGCCAACUCCAGGAUAAACAGCAUCAGAAAAGCGCCAAUUACAGUCAAUUUGCAUAAUCUACAAGGAUCCGGCUACCAAGUUGAGAUCCAACAGACGAAGAGCAAAUUUGCUUUUGGGUCUGUAGUUUCAGCGUCAAAGAUCGUGGAUUCGUCUCACCAUGCCUACCAACAGUUCUUCUACGACAAUUUUGAGUGGAGCGUACUCGAGAAUGCUCUUAAGUGGCGACCGAUGGAAUGGAGCCAGGGUCAUCCUAACCUGGACAAACCAAUGGUCGCCGUUCAAGCUCUCCAGUCCAAGGGGAUUAAGGUACGUGGACAUAACAUGUUUUGGGGAACCCAAGGAACACAUCCGGAUUGGCUUGACGGUAUGGGACAUUCCACCCUGAUUCAAGCUAUGCACACACAUAUUAAUGACGUCAUAUCACGCACUAGAGGGAGUCUGGAACAUUGGGACGUGUACAAUGAAAAUCUCCACGGGAUGUACUUUGAGGAACAUACCGGUCACCCAAACAUAACUAAGGAGAUGUUCAACUGGAUACACCAAGCGGAGCCAGGAGUGAAACUGUUCCUAAACGAAUAUGCUGUGGCUUCUUCAAGUCAAAUGACCACCGCAUACAAGCAACAGGCAGAAGAACUGAAGAAUGCUGGAAUCCCACUGUACGGUAUCGGGAUACAAUGUCAUACCAAUAGUCACAUGGAUAUUACGUCAUUAAAGUACCGAUUAGACAAAAUAGCCGAGGCUGGACUCCCUAUUUGGAUUACAGAGUUUACGGUAAAUGAAGCUAACGAAGGAUUGAAGGCGGACGCCCUGGAAAACAUGUUGACAUUGUUCAUGAGUCAUCCUGCCGUGGAAGGAGUUCUACUGUGGGGUUUCUGGGACGGACAACUCUGGCUUCCAAACUCUGCUUUAGCAACUGGAUCGAAUGUACAGCCAAAUGCUGCAGGAAGACGAUAUCAACAACUGUUCCAUCACACAUGGCGGACUCACGUGACAAAGUCUGUAACCGGAAGUACCGUACAUGCAACAGGGUUCAUGGGAGAUUAUACUCUUUUGGUCAAACACAAUGGUCAAACCGUGCAGACAAAGUCUUUUACACUGGACAAUGGAGGACAUACUGUCACCGUCAAUUUGUAAUUUUUAUCAAUGCAUAACAUUUUCGUAUUGUAAUCAGUUUCUGUUGGAUAAAUUUCUUACUUAUGAUAUAUGAUUCUAUUUCAGGAAAUAGUAAUUGGAGCAAAGUGAACUUUUAAUGAAACGUAAAUAUAUGAUAGAAAUUAUAUAUCAUUAUGUCGUAAAUGUCAGCCCCCUCCCCCCUUGCACUUUGCUAACAAACUUGUUUCAUAAAUGUUUAUGUUAAAAUUUCUCUUUGGGUGAAAUGUAUAUUUUUACGAUGUUAAUGUCUAAUGUUAUAAUUUCAGAUGAAUUGAUGACGUCUAUCGUAUACAUUUUACGGAUGAGGUCUGAAACGUUAAUCAUCUUUGUUAUAAAUACAGCAUGUAUAAUUAACUUGAUUAUGAAUAAAAAAUAUC